AUGCGCUCAGCCAGGCUUUGGCGUUUAGUGAAGCAUUGUUAUUUAAGAAUGGAAGAGGAUACAGAUUUUAGAAUAAGGUUCAGUUCUUUAUGUUUCAUUACUGAUCAUGUUGGAUUCCAUGGCACCAUAAAAAGCUCACCAAGUGACUUUGUUGUUAUUGAGAUUGAUGAACGGGGACAGUUAGUUAAUAAGGCUAUUGAUGAACCUACUUACAAGAUGAGUAAAGUACUGCCUGAGCCAAAUAAUUUUGCCAAAAAAACAAAAUUAGGUUUUCAAAAUUUAGUCUUUGAAGAGGAAAGCAGCCAGAAAGUCAAUAUAUUGGUCCAGUGCUCUGAUGAUGAACAGAAUCAUCAGUCUGGUCCAGAAAAGGAAGAUACUAGUAAUGAUGGAACUUCCAAAGGUGAAGAAGAAAAAGCUUAUGCAUUAGGCUCUUUGUUAGAUGAAAAAAAUAAUGAACGAUUGAAUCAGUUUGCCUGUGAUAUAAAAGAGAAAUGGAAUUCUAAAAGUGAGCUAACUGGACCAUCUCCUGAAUUCUCACUGGGCAGAAUCCUUGACAAAAACCAGAGGGCUAUUUUGCAUAGUGCUAUUCGGCAAAAGUUUCCUUUUUUAAUAACUGUAGGAAAAAACAGUGAAAUUGUUGUAAAGCCAAAUCUUGAGUAUAAAGAACUCUGUCACUUGGUAUCUGAAGAAGAAGCAUCUGACUUUUUUAAAUACUUGGAUGCAAAAAAAGAAAAUUCCAAAUUUACCUUUAAACCUGAUACAAACAAAGACCACAGAAAAGCUGUUCACCAUUUUGUCAACAAAAAGUUUGGAAAUCUUGUGGAAACCAAAUCUUUUCCUGAAGCUAAUUACAAUGCUGGUAAUCCAAAUACAGUGAUAACGGUAAGAUUUCGUGAAAAAGCACACAAGCACAGGAAAAGGUCUGUUGAAUGCCAGGAAAGAAAAGUUAUAUACACAGCCUUUACCCUACAAAAAGAAAAUAUAGAAACGUUUGAAGCAAUUGGUUUUUUAGCUGUCAUACUUGGUGUGAUUCCUUCAGAUUUUAGUUAUGCAGGCCUUAAAGACAAGAAAGCCAUCACCUAUCAAGCAAUGGUUGUUAGAAAAGUGACUCCAGAGAGGUUGAAAAAUAUUGAAAAAGAAAUUAAAAAGAAAAGAAUGAAUGUGUUUAAUAUUCGGUCUGUAGAUGAUUCCCUUAGACUUGGUCAGCUCAAAGGAAAUCACUUUGAUAUUGUCAUCAGAAAUUUAAAAAAUCAAAUAAAUGAUUCUGCAAACCUGAGAGAGAGAAUUUUGGAGGCAAUAGAAAAUGUUAAGCAUAAAGGGUUUGUGAAUUAUUAUGGACCACAGAGAUUUGGGAUGGGAAGGAAAGUUCACACAGAUCAAAUUGGAUUGGCUUUGCUGAAGAGUGAAAUGGUGAAGUCUGUAAAAUUAUUUCUUACACCAGAAGAUUUGGAUGAUCCUGUAAAUAGAGCAAAGAAAUAUUUUCUUCAAACCGAGGAUGCUAAAGGCACACUUUCAUUGAUGCCAGAAUUCAAAGUUCGAGAGAGAGCACUGUUGGAGUCACUGCAUCGCUUUGGCAUGACCGAGGAGGGUUGUAUCCAGGCCUGGUUCUCCUUUCCUCAUUCUAUGCGCAUUUUCUACAUUCAUGCAUAUAGCAGCAAAAUUUGGAACGAGGCUGUAUCUUACAGACUUGCAACCUAUGGAUCAAGAGUGGUGGAGGGUGAUUUGGUCUGUUUGGAUGAAGAUGGUGAUGAUGAGCAAUUCCCCAAUAAUAAAGUUCACCUAGUAACUGAAGAAGAGGAAUCGGCUAAUGCAUAUGCAAUACAUCAGGUGGUUCUUCCAGUGCUUGGAUAUAAUGUUCAGUACCCAAAGAACAAAGUAGGGCUGUGGUACCAGGAAGUACUUAGCAGAGAUGGACUACAGACAUGUAGGUUUAAAGUACCUACUCUGAAACUGAACGUCCCAGGAUGCUAUAGAAAGAUUUUGAAACAACCUCGUAAUCUCUCAUACCAACUAAUAGAAGAACAUGAUAUUGAUGUCAAAGCAGAAGGUUCUCAUAUUGAUGGAGCGACUUUAUCUCUUUUGAUUUCUUUUGAUCUUGACGCUUCAUGUUAUGCUACUGUUUGUCUGAGGGAAAUAAUGAAGCAUGACUUUUAA